CCGAUGCGAAGUGCGCAGCGGAGCGCGUGGUUGAUUUUUAUUAUUUUUGGUUUAUUUAAUUUAAUAAGCGAUAAAUAGUCAAUAAAUAUAUAAAGAAACUAAAUAAUUGAAGAUAAUAUCUUCAAAACAGCAGAUAUGGUCAUUCAGGACGACAACGAAACGCCCCUGGAAGUGUCCACUAUGAAAAGUUCGCGUUUGGAGGCCACAAAAUAUAUUAUCGUCAAAAACCAUAUUCGCGAGCUGCCAAUAAACGAUCACAAAGAUGCAAUGCAUAGUUCUACCGAAGAAGAUGCCCUAAAAACUGAGAAAAAGGCAAAGAAAUCUGCAAAGAAGGCUAAAACUAUUCAAAAAGGAAUUGAAGUAAAUAGUGAUGAAAAAGAUACAAUAAUAAGUGAAUCGGAUCUAGAAGAGCUGAGGACGGUUUAUAAACAGUGUAAAAGUGUAUUGAACAGGAUAGAAACAAAAUACGGGCAUUUGUUGAACUUGGAUGGUGGUGCAAGUUCUAGCCGUAAACAUAACCUCAAACAGGAACAUUACGAAGAAGAAUGUCAUUGUACAGCGAAUAAAAAGAUAAUAUUCGGUGAAGACGGCGAACAGCUACUUAAAGAGCCUAUUUUCGACAUUCAUAUAUGUCCAAAAAAGUUGAAACAAAGACAUAGUGAUCAUCAACCUCCAGCGCACAACCAAAAUCUAGCAAUAGAGUAUGAAGAGCAAAAUACGACAUUACCGGAUGACAUGAAGGCCCUUUCGAACAUCCUGCAGGACUCAGACAUAUCAAUAAGUUAUAGAAACAAGGUCAUACAUAAACUGAAGUCAUUAAAAUUUGACCAUUUCAAUGAAAUAAGAUUCAACCGUCCCGCUUUGGUAGAACAGCUCAAGUCAAACCCUCAAACUACUGAAAUAUUUGAGUUCAAAGGUGCAAACUUAUCUAGCUUACCUGGAUAUCCAGACUGGAAAUAGUAUUUAAGUUUAUUGUUUUUAAAGUAAGCAAUCUAAUAUUAAAUUGAAAUAAAUAAAAAAUGUUAGAUAUAUAAA